CGCACAGUGGUCAAUAAUUCGUAUAUGUGGGUAUAUAAGGAUGACAUGAGUGUUCUCCUUCGUCAUAUCUGGCAUCCAAAAUGAUUGUGUCCGUCCCCCUCCUGUUUACGCUUAUAAUUUUCUGCAAUGCUCAACUUAUCACAAAAUUCCAAGUGUGCUCGCGCUCAGAUCCCAAUAUCAACAGCUGCCUCAAGUCCGCAGUCAUAAAUGCACUUCCUGUUUUGAAAGACGGAGUAAACGAAUAUGGUCUCCUGUCACUCGAGCCAAUCAGGCUUGAAAGAUUCGUAGUGAAAGCGAUGCCUCCAACGCAUUUUGACCAGGUCUACACCAACAUCGAGCUCUACGGUUACAUGUCUAGCCAAAUUGAAGAAGUCACCGCCCAAAUUACCGACGACAGCUUUUCGAUUGCCAUAAGGUUGCUAUCCGGAGAGGGCCGGGUAACUUCCAACUACGCAUUUGAGAGUGCCGUCUUCGGGGGUGUCGACGUCAGCAGUGCCGGACAAUGCAGUGUUACUAUCGUAGGCAAAGCGGUUCAUGACCGAGUUCACUUCAAUAGCAUGUUCCAGUUAACAAGACGAUGACAGUCAAAUUUAGCGGAUCACCGAAAUCCGUUGGGGGAGAGAGAUACCUGGAGGCGAAAACAAUUCAAAUAAUCGACCCCAAGGCUGAAAAGCUGACGUUCACCUUUACCUCCCAAGACAAACCGGAGGCGGCAAGUUUGCUAACGAAAAGUUUUAACCAACACUCGAAUGUUAUAGCUACGGAUGAAUUGCAAAAGACUAUUGGGGUUUAUUCUGCUGCGUUCCUAAACGAGGCAAAUGUUGUUUUCUCAAAAAUUCCAUUUGAUACCUUAUUCCCAAAGUAAAUCUUUCAUUUAAAAACUUUUAUGUUCAUAAACUGUAAUAGACUCCACCAUGGUAUCGCUAAUGUAGUAAAAAUUAAAGGUAAUUUUAGUCAAAAGUA